CAAUCGCAGUUGAGUGCUAACGGAGACUCCGAAAAUGGCGAAUUCGAGAAGAAGCAACCAUGUCGUUCAUCCAGUCGAUAUGGAAGCUCCUCCUCAUCCUCCUGCGGAAAUCAAGCAAUUUAAGAAAUGGAUGUGUUGGUUAAUACCUGUUUUCGUCUCUGCGAAUCUUAUCGUCUUCAUCAUCACCAUGUAUCAGAACAAUUGUCCAAAACAUUCAUCCUCUUGCAUCGCUACUUUCCUCGGCAGAUUCUCUUUCCAGCCCUUCAAGGAGAAUCCUCUUCUCGGUCCGACCUCCGACACGCUACUUAAGAUGGGAGCACUUGAUGUAAAGAGAGUGGUAGAGAGACACCAAGGUUGGCGGCUUGCGAGUUGUAAUUGGUUACAUGGAGGUGUUUUUCACAUACUCGCAAAUAUGUUGAGUCUUUUAGCUAUCGGGAUUCGGCUUGAAUGUGAAUUCGGAUUUGUACGAAUUGGAUUGUUGUAUAUCAUUUCUGGGCUUGGUGGGAGUUUAUUAUCAGCUCUUUUUCUACAAUCAAAUAUCUCUGUUGGUGCUUCUGGUGCACUCUUUGGUUUACUUGGAAGCAUGCUUUCUGAACUCAUUAUUAAUUGGACAAUAUAUUCUAAUAAGGUUGCAUUUUUCUUGACUCUCCUAAUCAUCAUUGCAAUUAAUUUAGCAGUGGGAAUCCUGCCACACGUUGACAAUUUUGCUCACAUUGGAGGAUUUUUAACUGGGUUUCUUCUUGGAUUUGUGUUUUUGAUCCGCCCUCACUUUGGAUGGAUUAGUCAAACACAUUCUUCUUCUCCUCAAACUUCAAUUCAAUCCAAAUUCAAGCUUUAUCAGUGCAUCUUGUGGAUUUCUUCUCUCAUUCUUUUGAUUGUUGGGUUGACCGUCGCCCUGAUUAUGCUCUUUCGAGGUGUUGAUGCAAAUGAUCAUUGCUCUUGGUGCCAUUAUUUAUCUUGUGUCCCUACUUCUAGAUGGAGCUGCAACACAGAGCCUGCAUUUUGCUUGACGAACCAAAUAGGCAACCAGCUAAAUAUAACAUGUUCGAGCAAUGGAAAAUUUGGCACAUACAUGUUGUCAAAUGCAACUAGUUCUCAGAUAAAGAGCUUAUGUACUCAACUUUGUCGUUAAUUCGGCCUCCUAGAUGUAGUUUAUGUUUGACAUAUCAUGUUUGCUUUCAGAAAAAAUUCAGUACAUCUUUGACGACAUUGUUUUCUGAAUCAUUUGUAUUUUGAGCUGGUCUUGUGUAAAUAGUACAUGAGAUUGAUUUCUUAAUUAUUUAGGUUAUAUUUAUCUUUAGUUUAUAA